UUGUCAUCCGGCUUAGAUUUUAAGGAUGUAGCAAUGGCCUUCAGAGUGGGACUUGAAACUGCACGGGAGGCUAUUCACUUAACUUGCAGUGUUCUCUGGGAAAGACUGAGGGACCUGUACAUGAAGCCACCAGGUCCUGCAGAAUGGGCAGACAUUGCGAGAGGCUUUGAUGAACGGUGGCAGUUUCCAAACUGUCUAGGGGCAGUUGACGGCAAGCACGUCAGAAUUGUUGCACAAAAAAAAAACUGGGUCCCAGUACUACAACUACAAGGGGACAUUUUCGAUAGUUCUGAUGGCUGUCGUAGACAGUCGCUACAGGUUUGUCCUGAUUGAUGUUGGCGCCGAGGGACGACAAAGUGAUUCUGGAGUGCCCAAGGCAUCACCAAUUGGCCACCACCUUGAAAGCGGCACCUUGGACACCCCAGGGUUGAAGAAACUGCUUGGAAGCGAACUGGUGACUCCCCACGUGUUUAUUGGGGAUGAGGCAUUCCAGCUACGACCCGAUUUUCUGAGGCCCUACCCAGGCCUCGGCCUGCCUAUAGAAAAGAGGGUCUUCAACUUACGGUUGAGCCGUGCCAGGAACUGCGUUGAAAACGCAUUCGGCAUUCUCUGUGCACGGUGGAGGAUCCUGUUAAGGACCAUCAACUUAACACCAGAAAAUGCAGAUGGUGUUGCAAAGGCAGCUUGUGUGCUUCACAAUUUCCUGAGCACUCACAACAAUGACACUGUGAGCUAUGGUGACAAUCAGGAUGUCUACAGCAACAUUACUGAAGGAAGAUGGCAUCAGGAGCUGGAGGGUUGUUCAGUGUUGCCUUCUCUGCAUCGCACCCAUGCAAGAAACUUCAGCAGGGAUGCCGCUGCAAGCAGGGAAGCAUUUACUGAAUACUUCUGUAGUCCAGCUGGGGAGUUGUCAUGGCAGUGGGCAAGGGUACAACCACAAUGAAGGGCAGU